GCCUACGCUUUACAUGCUAUAGGUUUAAAUGCUGAUUAUUUCACGAAUUGGCCAUAAAUUAAAAUAUAACUUACAUGCAUCGAAAGAGGAUUCAAUUCCUCAUUAAUCUCUGUUGAAAUUAUCAAAUGAUAUCCAAAAUUACGUAUUUUCUGGUGAUUUAAACCUUUGUAUGUACUGUACACGAUCAACGUUUACCGUGUGUUUACACGCCAUAUAAAACCAAUAACUUUACAUGACUGUGUACUGUGAUUUAACUUCCAUUAUUUUGGUCCUGCAAAGUUUUGACGUUUAGAUUGCCCGUCACAAAUAUAAAACAAUCUGAACGUCGAAUUAUUUUGACUAGGCAAGUUCAGAUCAUGAAACUCAUCCAAGUUGGAUUGAGAGACGGUGUCUUCAUCUAAACACAAGACAAAAUGUCUGGAAUUACCUUAAGUGUUGAAAAUCAUCAUCAUUUUCUGUAAUCACCUCAUUCUAAAAGAAGACAGAUAACUCGCCAAUAGUGGAUCUCUAUCUACACUUUUAGCAGAUGUAUAUAGUGAAGAAUUUUGGACUUUCAUGAUAUCUCAAUACAUAACACUUAGAACUAUUGCUCACAUGUUUGAUUUAUUUGAAUCGAUCUUUUAUGUCUGAAGUUAGGAAGAAAUAUUUAAAACUGAUUCACCAGGGGAUCACUAUUGCCAAUAGGGAAUGUUUGAAGAGAGGAGGCUAUAAUGUAGAAUAGUAUAAAACCUUUUAUCUCCAACUUCAGAAUAGCAUUUUACAAUGGAGAAGUUUCUUGCAUCAAGUCACAAAGCCAGUGACCUAUUGGCCGGUAAAGUUGGUCCAGACGGGAUUUUGCAAGACAGUAAAGUUAGUGGUGAUCUCUGUUCGCAGUAUAAGUUGGCAACUUUGUUGUUGAUCAGUGGACACACAGCCAAAGCUCACAGGUUACUUGACAGGAUCAAAAGGGAUUUUAUGCAGGGAGAUGGGGAUCUGAUAUCAUUCCCAGAGAAAAGUGAGAGAGGAAGGAAAAGCGCAAGUUUUCCGAUGUCACAUUUUUGGACGUAUAUGAAUGCCUGGAUCGCUAUGGGUGCUCACAGAAUGGGAAGGUUUGAUAUAUCGUUCCCUGCCUUCAACUUUUGUAAGACUUUCUUCCACCCAGAUUAUCAGUUAGUCUGUGUCACUGAGAGGCUUGCUGAUGUUAAUGAUGAAUCAACCAUGGAUUGCUUGUCGACGGCUCACUUUGGAUUACUGUGUCUAUAUAUGGGAGACUUAGAAAGAGCGAAGCAGUGUGGAGAGGGCUUAUUAAAGUUGAUGGCAGCACAACCAAAUUUUGAGAAGGAAGUGCUUCUCCGGAUGUCGGUAAAGACUGGUACCCUUAUAGCAAACCCACCUGCAAAUAUGGAACCAUUCUAUGUAGUGAAACAAGAUUCUCCAAACCAGCUGUACUUCUUUCUUGGUUACCAUGGAAUUUUCAUGGUAAAGUUAUUCCAAGCGGCAAAAGAUCAGAAAUUUUUGGAGAGCGCGAAAGCAAUAAUAGAUUUUGCUCUGACAUGCCAUGAAAGUAUCUGUGUCUUUAGUUUUAGCCACAAGGUAGCGUAUGCUGCAGCACUUCUAGCAGUUGAAACCAAAGAAGUGAAGUAUCGCAGAUUUGCUAUUGGGAUUGGAGAGUAUUUAAUCUCUAUCCAAACUGAAGAAGGUUUUUUCUGCAAAGAAAUGGAUCUGAUAGAUAAAUACGAUCAGACAGCAGAAAUAGCAAUUUGGUUACAAGAGCUGAACAACGAACUGAAAAAAAUUGUUAAUUAAUAUCAAAAACAUAGACAUAUUAAUUAAAAACAAAGACAUAUCAAGACAUGAUUCAGACAUAAAUUAACUUUUAAUUCUACUAUUUGAAAUUUUUGUCAUCACCUUUUCGCUGGCCUCUGCAUCACGAAAUUUUGGCAUGUAAGCAGGUUUCCUUAAAGCUAUUAGGUCUAAUACUUUCAAAAAAUUCUUUUUCAUAUCAUGGUUGUUACCUGUAGAACAGCUUUUUGCUUGUCAAUAUUUGAAUUGAAGGUCAAAUAGCACCUGAUUAGUAUUAUCUGAAUUUUUAUUUGUUUUAAUCAUUUUAAGGUUCCGGUACAAUUUUAUUCUGAAAGAUUUACUAGUAAUUUUUUGUCAGAUAUAGUCGUUUUUUGUCAGAUGUUUUAUGGUAUGAUAUUACAUUAGCAAGUUACGUAUCUUGCUUUCAUGAAUUAACUUCAAGUAUUGCAUAAGGUGCAGUGCUGCGUGCUUGGACUGCCCAGGCAGCGUAUUUGUAAUCUUAUUUUAAAAAUAAUUAUAUUUCAUAUUCGUUUUCUUGAAAUUCCAACAGUUUGUGAUUUAGGGUCAUAUUUUUUGAAAAAUGUAAAAUGUGUAUUUUUAGUGAAAUAAGCCCAUGAACUUCAGAUAUGUUUGUACUGGUAAGUAAAUGUUUUAAAUUAAUAAAAAUAAUUUAACAGUGCAGAUUAUCGGCUUCAUUAACAUUUUUCGAAAUAAUUGAAAAGCGAAAACUUAAACUUUUAGCACGGAUUUUUACUUCAGUUCUCUUCACCUGAGCACCCAUGAUAACUUACGCAACAAGCAUAACCUAUUGUCUGUUUUCUUAACACCUAUCGUUAUACAGUAUUGACACUUGCAUGUACAACACUGACUGAGUAUUAUAGGGAGGGUUAUAUAUUGAAUACAUGCAGUAGUGUAGCUGUCCUCCAAAUUUUUGACAUACAUUGGCAUAGCUGACCUUUUUCAGUUGUAGCGGAGGGGUGUAGGGGACUGCAUAUGCCACUGUGGUUCCAGGGAUGCCUGAGUUUUAGCACUUUAUGACACAUUUGGGCACGUUCAAGAUACAUUGUUUGCUCUUUUCAAGGUCCCUUAAUAUUGCAUUGUUGGUGUAUUUAGCUUUUCUGUUUCCUAAAUUAUCUGUAAGCCUGCUGUGCUUAAAUGAUAGUGGCUACGCCAGAGUCAUGCACAUUUAGCCUAUAAUUUUUUAAUGCCUAGCAAAUAUUUAAAUGUGCUGUUACACCAAUACAAAAAAAAUAAAACAACAUAAUAAUACAUGUAGUAAAAUACCGACUGGUCCAAUAUAUCAAUGGAACAGAACUUCAUUAGCUAGUAUCAACAUUUAUAUACUGUUAAAUCAUUAAUAUUCGUGGGGGACUAAUUUUCGUGGAUUUCGUGGUUGAGUCAAUCCACGAAAUUUAAUCCCAACGAACAAGUAAAAUUCCCAUUCAUUUUAUGUUCAAAAGUUGAUAUCGACGAAUUCAUAUCCCCACGAAAUUGCUGUUUUGACCAAAACCACGAAAUUUCAUGCCCACGAAAUUAAAUGAUUUUACAGUAGAUAUUCUUGAGGCGUCAAUGUUAGUUCUUUGGAGGUCGUUACUAGUAUUUUGGUCAGUUUCAGAAUAAGUUUCAGAUGUUUGGGUGAAUUGGUGAAUUCUGGGAGUAUCCAUGUUAGUUCUGGGGGUGUCAGUGUUAGUUCAGGAGGCGCCGGAAUAGAUGUCUGGUGUAGUUGUGUUAAGAGUUUAGGAUGCAGGAUCCAGUGGUUCUUUGGUUCGAAUUAAAGCAAACGUUGUUCUUAAAAUGCAUUCUAGGUGCACCAUAAUUGUGUCCUACAAAAGGGUAAAAGGGCAUUUUGCACCACAGUGGCACUAUUCCCGAAGUUUGUCUAUAUCUCUUUGUCAUGUUUAGUUUAAAGACACAUACAUAUGUCUAAGCCACUUGUUUGGUUCAUGACUUGUGACAGACGCAGUUGUCUCAGUCCUGAUGACACUCAAUCGACGGACUUAGAUUGUCAAGAGGCAGCAGACCUGAUUGAAAAAUUCAUAAGAUAUACUUUUCAGGAUCAGUCUGCUUUCAAGCUUGACUUUCUAUGUCCACUAUUUAUUUAUUAUAGUGUUUUCUAUGCUUGAAAUAUUUACAAAAAUGAAUAAAGUUGUAGAUAUAUAAGGUUUAAGAAACACAUGCAAUAAAUGUCAAAAUAUUUUAUGUAAAAUUCAUUUGCUGACAUCCUGUAUGUAGUUUUUUUUCCAAUUUUUAACACUUUUCCCCCUGUGACCAAGUACCAUUUUUGCAGCAUAUGUAUAUAAUAAUUAUUUACAAAGGCAUGUGAAAUAUUUUGUUGCGUCACUUUGGGGAAAGAUGUUUAAAACAGAAAAAUGAUUUCAUAUUUCAAUAGAAAUGAGAAUAAGAAAUGUCUACAAAGUCAUCUUUUUUGUUCACAGACUUGUUAAAUUUAGUCGAAUAUAUCAAGAAAUGAUCUUUAACUUUCUUUAUUAUGCUAUUUCAGAAGUCUAGCCCUAGGUCAGUUUUUACUUAAUUUGAUAGGCAAUCUGAAUAGGAAAAUGUCCGAGGUCAUUUAAGCUGAAGUUUUGCAUGUAAGAAUAUAAUCCCAGGGAUUACUUGACAAAAUGUUUUCAGAUUCUCCAGAUGUCUUUGGCUUCAUCAUUGACCUUGUGUGGCAAGUUUCAUAACCAUGACUUACAUUCUUGCAAAAUUAUAUCCAUUUUUCAACUGACGAAAGCUUGCAAAAGCUUUUGUAAGCUAUUGAAAGGGCUUCAACUAGUUGAAAAUGUUUUUAUUUUAAUUUUUUAGAAUUUGUUUUUCCAGUAUUACAUAAUGUAUACAUUUUUAAACAGCAUUACCUUUUUUCAGCAUUACGUUUUUGAAAGUAUUAAAUAAUGUAUUUUUGUUAAUGUCAGCUUGUCUAUUUUUAGCUCACCUGUCAACCUGUCACAAAGUGACAAGGUGAGCUUUAGUGAUCGUGUGGCGUCCGUCGUCCGUGCGUGCGUAAACUUUUGCUUGUGACCACUCUAGAGGUCACAUUUUUCAUGGGAUCUUUAUGAAAGUUGGUCAGAGUGUUCAUCUUGAUGAUAUCUAGGUCAAGUUCGAAACUGGGUCAAGAGAGGUCCAAAACUAGGUCAGUAGGUCUAAAAAUAGAAAAACCUUGUGACCUCCCUAGAGGCCAUAUUUUUCAAUGGAUCUUCAUGAAAAUUGGUCAGAAUGAUCAUCUUGAUGAUAUCUAGAUUAGGUUCGAAACUGGGUCACGUGCGAUCCAAAACUAGGUCAGUAGGUCUAAAAAUAGAAAAUCCUUGUGACCUCCCUAGAGGCCAUAUUUUUCAAUCGAUCUUCAUGAAAGUUGGUCUGAAUGUUUACCUUGAUGAUAUCUAGGUCAAGUUCGAAAGUGGGUCACGUGCGGUCAAAACUAGGUCAUUAGGUCUAAAAAUAGAAAAACUUUGUGACCUCCCUGGAGGCCAUAUUUUUCAAUGGAUCUUCAUGAAAAUUGGUCAGAAUGUUCAUCUUGAUGAUAUCUAGGUCAAGUUCGAAACUGGGUCACGUGCGGUUUAAAACUAGGUCAGUAGGUCUAAAAAUAGAAAAUCCUUUUGACCUCCCUGGAGGCCAUAUUUUUCAAAGGAUCAUCAUGAAAAUUGGUGAGAAUGUUUACCUUGAUGAUAUCUAGAUCAGGUUCGAAAGUGGGUCACGUAUGGUCAGAAACUAGGUCAGUAGGUCUAAAAAUAGAAAACAUUGUGACCUCUCUAGAGGCCAUAUUUCUCAAUGGAUCUUCAUGAAAGAUGGUCUGAAUGUUCACCUUGAUGAUAUCUAGGUCAGGUUCGAAAGUGGGUCACGUGCGGUCAAAAACUAGGUCAGUAGGUCUAAAAAUAGAAAACAUUGUGACCUCUCCAGAGGCCAUACUGUUCAGGAGAUUUUCAUGAAAAUUGGUGAGAAUGUUCAUCUUGAUGAUAUCUAGGUCAAGUUCGAAACUGGGACACGUGCGGUCAAAAACUAGGUCAUUAGGUAAAAUAAUAGAAAAACCUUGUGACCUCUCUAGAGGCCAUACUUUUCA